AUGCUGCCGCACCCGGGGGAAGCUGCGCUCUGUGCGGGCGGGCGGCAGAAGCGCGUGGUUCCAAAAUCGCUCCUCCUCUUCCUGCCGCUCCUCCCGUGUCCCUCCUCUUCCUCCCGCUGCUGCUCUUCCUCCUCUUCCCGCUCCUCCUCUUCCUCCCGCUCCUCCUCCGCUCCCAGCCCGGCCCGGGCAGGUGCCGACACCCAAAAGCAGCCGCGCUCUGCCCUGGGCGGUGUCGGAGCGGCUGCGACCCGCGCGGCGCUGCGAGUGAUACUGGGAGCGCUGGGAAUGACAGCGAGAGCAGCGGCAGCGAUGCUGAGAGCCCCGGGCAGGAACUGGGAGCGCUUUCCCUGCCAGUGCCGCUCUUACUGGGAGCGCUGGGAGGGAACUGGGAGCAAAGAGCGCCCGGCCAUGACCGCAGCUGGCGGUGGGCGGGGCCAGAGGGCGUGGUUAUGCAAAUCAGGGAGCGAUCGCGCGCUGGGAUUGGUGGGCGGGAGCGGCGCGGGGUUGCCGCGGUCACGUGAGCGCCGUGAGGGGAACGGAGCGAUGGCGGCGGCGUCCGCUUUAAGACUGGUUUCAGGAGUGAAGGGGGAGAGAAAGAGGUACAGAGUUGUUAUCAGAGACUGCACUUGCUCCCCCACACGCUACACACAGACCGUGUUGUCUGCACUGGAUGGCAGGAGAGAGCUUUCUUUUUGCUUUUAGUUAAUUUUUCUGGCUGGCUGAGGCAAAGGAGUUCCCCCGGAUUGCUCUUUUCCUUUUUCCCUGGAAUUCUUGCAACCUGCUCUGGACCGAAAACCCAGAAGAGCACUGAGAGCUCACACCUGUGGCCCAGCAGGCCUGGCCUGGGCCACGGCAUUUCCCAGCACCAGAGGGACUGAGAACAGACUGAGUGAGCUGGGCUGUGACCCACGGAGGGACUGAGAACAGACUGAGUGAGCUGGGCUGUGACCCACAGGGGAUUGAGAACAGACUGAGUGAGCUGGGCUGUGACCCACAGAGGGACUGAGAACAGCCUCAGUGAGCCAGGCUGCAACACACAGAAGAGACUCCUCUGAAUUUGUCAACUCCUUCGGAGCAGGGAGAGGUUUUGCUGUUUGGUAUUGUUCAUUUUUGUGCGGGGAAGUGCUUUCUCAGUUAAAUAAACAGUUUUUUCCCCACUUCUCUCUAAGGGAAUAUUUUUUCCCUGAACCAGUUGAGGGCCCUCAUUCAGAGGUUUCCUCCCAAAUUUGCUCUAAACCAGGACAAGGGUGUAUUUUAUUAAAUUUCUCUUUAGAGGUGAUU